UGGAAUGGAGCUCUUCAGAAGACUUUUCCCCUUUGAUUGGUGAAAUAAUUAUGGAUAAUCUUCAGUCUUUGAGAUGUACCAUCACAGGUCUCAGAACAGGCCAGAGGUAUUAUGUCCAUGUUUCAGCAUACAACAUGAGAGGAUGGGGACCUCCACGCAAAUCUACUCCUGCAUAUGCUUCUCCUUCAAACUGGAAAGACUGCAGUGGAAGAGAACCUCGGCACAGGGGACACACUGAGGCCCUGGAACGUCUCCUUCAGCAGGUUCGAGCAGCUCAUCAGCAUUAUAAUUGCAGAGAAAGUUCUAAAUUACAGAAUGCUGGUCGCAAGCAAUCAGUUUCCAGAAGCCUGAAGCACCUUUUCCAUUCAUCGAACAAGUUUGUGAAGACUCUGAAACGGGGACUCUACUUAUCUGUUAUAUUUUUUCACAAAGACAAUUUAUUAGUAACCAAUGAAGAUCAAAUCCCAAUUGUGGAAAUUGAUGACUCUCACAGUAGUUCAGUUAUGCAAGAUUUCCUGUGGUUCACAAAGUUGUCUUGCAUGUGGGAUGAUAUCAGAUGGCUGAGGCAGAAUAUGUCUAUAUCUGUGUCCUCAUCAACAACGCUUCAAGCCAGGCAAAAGAUGCUUUCAGCAGCAGCACAGCUACAGAAUUUGCUGGGAACUCACAACUUGGGCAGAGUUUUUUAUGAACCAAUCAAGGAUCGACAUGGUAAUAUGCUGAUAGUUACUAUAAGAGAAGUGGAGAGUCUUUAUUCAUUUUUUAAUGGCAAAUGGAUGCAGGUAUCCAAACUACAAAGCCAGAGGAAAUCCCUUUCAACUCCAGAGGAGCCAACAGCAUUAGACAUCUUGCUUAUAACAAUCCAGGACAUACUUUCCUAUCACAAACGAAGUCAGCAACGCCUCCCUCCCGGUUUGUAUCUGGGUUACCUUAAACUCUGCAGUUCUGUGGAUCAAAUCAAAGUGGUUGUGUUGCAGAAGUUGCCUAAUGUGCUAUGUCAUGUUAAAAUCCGAGACAACAGCAAUGUCUCCAAAGAUGAGUGGGAAUGGAUCCAAACACUUUCUGGCUCAGAAUCUGUGGAAAGUAUGGAUCAUACUUCAGACUGCCCUACUCAAUUGUUCUUGUAUGAGCUCCAGAUGGCAGUGAAAGCUCUCCUUAAACAGACCAAUCUACCUCUGCAUCAGGCUAAGCACUUCCGUCUGUAUACACAGGAGGUGUUGGAACUGGGUCACAAUGUCUCCUUUCUUCUCUUGCUCCCCGCCUCAGACGACGUCUGCACUGCCCCAGGACAGAAUAAUCCUUACACCCCACACUCAGGAUUUCUUAACCUCCCUCUUCAGAUGUUUGAAUUCGUUCAUUUUUGCUGUUACAAGGAAAAAUUUAUAAGCCUGUAUUGCCGCCUUUCUGCUGUCAUAGAGCUGGACUCUCUGAAAACCCAGCAAUCCCUAAGGGAAGCAAUUUCAGACAGUGAAGUCGCUGCAGCCAAACAAAGACACCAACAAGUUAUGGACUACAUACAGCAAAUUGAUGAGAUCUGGAGGGAAAUGAGAUGGAUCACAGAAGCACUGCAGUAUGCCAGAUACAAGCAGCCAACAGCUGGUCUACCCAUAAAGAAGCUUGUGGAUCUUUCAGAAGAACACUCUCAAAAGAAAAUCAGUUCAACUUCUUCACAUCUAGAUUGUCUUCCUUCACCUCCCCCUUCACCUGAGCCUAGAAUCCAGAGGAGAAAAGCUGUGAGUGAUUCCCAGCCCUGCUCAGAUGAAGAAGGCUGCUCUGAAGUAUUCCUUCCAACUGACAGUGACUAUGACUCCAGUGAUGCAUUAAGUCCCAGAGAAUUAGACCUGAUUUACUCCUCCUCACAUGACAUAUCCCAGCAGGCAGGCAGUGGCCUGGGUGGCAGUGCACCUGAUGUUCUCCAAGUCCAUGACAUGAAGCCUUGCCUAACAUUGAAAGAAGGCCUGACAGAGUGUAGUGCCUUUGAUAUUAAUGAUGAAUAUUGCACAGAGUAUAUGAACAAUCUAACAAUGUCAGGGCUUACAUCGAAAAGCAUAGACAAGUCCUCUAGCUCCAAGCAGCCAUUGAGCUUUUUAGGGAAAAAAAAGCUAGGGAAACAUCAACAUUACAACUACUUCAGCCGGCAUCAUCGUUGGCUGCGCGUGCACAGCGAGACACAGUCUGGCUCUCUGUCUGAAGGCGUGUAUACUCAGCAUCUCAUGAGAUCUUCAGAUUUGUCUCAAGAACCUACCUCCAGUGAGCAGUUAAAGAUUCCCAUUGAUGGGUCUCAGAGUACUUCCUUACCUCAUGCAUCCAGCCUUCCAGAAGGUGGAAAAGGCAAGUAUGAGGAAUCAAGGCAGAAUGUCCAUAGGAUACAUGUGGAACCUUAUAAAACAACAUUUCUGGGUGAAGAGGGCAAGUCUUGGGCAAUGAGCACACAGCCUGUAGAACAUAAAACUGUGCACAAUGCUAUGCAACAGAUAAUGGGUCCAGAUGACCAGUCGGGUUCUGCUGUCUCAGAAGUCUUCAGCAGCACACUUUAA